AUGGCCGAUGAAAAUUCGGACAGGUACAACGGAUUAAACACUGGCGCAUCAAUUCCCAACAAUGAAAUAACAAAAGAACAACGAAUUAUCUAUUAUACUGUCCCGGCAAAUAUCCAGUCGAUUACUCCUCAACCUUAUAUCUACAUGCAACAACUGCCAAAUAGUCAAAGUACUCAUCAGUUUUCACCAACGAGACUAAUAAUCCAACAAGCUCCACAACAACAAUCAUUAUCAAGCAAUAACGUUAUAUCCACCAGCACACAACAACCCACAAUGCAUUCCAACAUGAAUUGUCAACAUGCCGUUCUAGCAGCGUGCCAACCACCGAUUAAUAUCAAUGAGCAACCAGCACCAGUAAUGAUUAAUCCAACAAGCUCCUCAACACCAGUACCAUCCAGUACCAAGAGAGGGCGUAAUGACACUAGUGGAAUAUCAGAAACGUAUAUACAAGUACGAUCUCAAUAUCCACAGAUGACUCACACGUCAGACACUAGCAAUGCGCCUAUAAAACGACAUCGUGGUAUGAAUCAACCGAUGAUACAGUUAUCAAAUAAUCAAUUUGAACCUAGUGCAGCGGCUUGUCGUUUCACUGCCACUCGGUUUCCGUUCUCGCUGUUUACCGUCAUUUUCUCACAAGAAGUUCGUGACAAGAUAGUUAUUGAUGAUCUAACCAAACAUGCAAAAGAAAAUCGCAACUUUGAAUUAAAAAUGAUAGCAUAUAGGCGUGGACGUACAGAAGAUAACCAACAUCGCAUAUUAAUCUUUGUUGAGAACGCCGAGUCAUUUGUGUUCUUGUACAAUCAGGAAAAUUGGUCCAACGUAUUAGCUGGCUUGCAGUACAACACAACAAGACCAUCGAUUCCGCCACAACUUGCUCUUGUGAUACCAGCUGUAUCACUUCUGGUAGAUUGGGAGGAUUUUACUCAAGAAUUAAAGGACACUAAUCCUGACAUAAUAAAUGUUAUCCGAUUAAAAAAUAAAUCACAGCAUCCAAUACGUGCAGUUAAACUCGAAUUUAUGUCGGUAAAAGCGCGAAAUGAAAUACUUGAAGCUGGAGAAAUUACAGUGCUACACUUAAAAUACAAAGUGGUUGAAUUCUAUGCACAAGCAAAUGUACUAAUCUGCUCUAACUGCGAUGGCAUAGGGCACUUCAGGAAGAGUUGUCCUCAAAAAAAUGAAUCAACAUGUAAAACUUGUGGUGAAAGAUCAACUAAUUUAAAAGAUCAUAACUGCUCAGGUAUUCCAAAGUGUAUUCGUUGUGGUGAAGCACAUGUCUCAAACGAUCAAAAAUGCAAAAUAGUUCAACAGUAUCGUGCUACCUUAACUCGUAAUCUCCUAGCAAAUGUUAUAACAGCAGCUCAUCAAAACAUUGAAACAGAACCUCCAGACAAUGAGUANAGGGGGGCUACCUAA